CAGGCCCAUCUGUCCCCCACCCAGCUGAGGCCAUGCUCUCCACGGGGACCCUCUGCAGCCUGCUGCUCCUCAGUGUGUUCUGGGUAGACUUCGCCAUGGCAGGCUCCAGCUUCCUGAGCCCCAAAAACCAGAAGCUCCAGCAGAGAAAGGAGUCCAAGAAGCCACCAGCCAAACUGCAGCCCCGAGCGAUAGAAGGCUGGCUCCACCCGGAAGACGAAAGUCAGGCAGAAGGGACAGAGGAUGAGCUGAAAAUCUGGUUCAACGCCCCCUUUGACAUUGGAAUCAAGCUGUCAGGCGCUCAGUACCAGCAGCAUGGCUGGGCCCUGGGGAAGUUCCUUCAGGACAUCCUUUGGGAAGAGGCCAAAGGUAAGCCCUUGCCUCGGUCAGGCCAAUUCAGUUUCUGUGGGUCCCAAAUGUGAGCCUGCUGCAUUGUUCUUCCCUGACUCUGCCUCACAGAGUUACAAUUUCCUCUUUCCCAAUGACUGCAGGAAGGGGGAUUGGACUAGUCAUUUGUGAGUGCCUCAGGAGGGAGCCAAGCACAAAGUCUCUGUAUUCAAAGUGCACUGUAUUCCAAAAACUAGUACUUCAACUAACUUUGGGGCCCUACCUGAACCCCAAU